ACAAACCGGCAGGCUUUGCAGACUCAGGCUGCGUUCCAGAGAGGGUUUCUUUGGGGAGUCUGUCUGAGCUGCCUUUGAGAUUUUGCAUCAUGAGUAGCGAGUUCCUAUCAGAGCUGCCCUGGGAAGAUGGGUUCGCCAUCCCCGUGGCCAACCAGGAGAACAAGAUGCUGGAGGAUCAGCUAUCAAACCUGCAGAAGGAGAAAUCAAACUUGCAAGAUCAGCUUCGCGACUACGAAGAUCGGAUUAGUUCCAUGACUUCUCACCUUAAAAAUGUGAAUCAGGAAUUUUCAUUCACACAGGCUCUUUACAAAGCAAGGGAGCGUGAGAUUGAAAGUGAAGAGCAUUUUAAGGCCAUCGCUGAAAGAGAGCUGGGCCGGGUCAAGGAUGAGAUCCAACAACUGGAGAAGGAGUUGGCGACCAUCCAGGAGCGCAAGAGCGAUAAGGAAAAUGGCAUAUUUAAAGCGACCCAAAAGCUGGAUGGCUUGAAAUGUCAGAUGAACUGGGACCAGCAAGCCCUGGAAGCCUGGCUGGAGGAGUCGGCUCACAAAGACAGCGACUCUCUCACUCUUCAGAAGUACGCGCAGCAAGACGAUAACAAAAUCAGGGCCCUGACCCUGCAAUUAGAAAGGCUGACUCUGGAAUGCAAUGAGAAAAGGAAGCUUCUAGACAGUGAACUGACCGAGACAUUGAGUGCACAGUUAGAAUUAGAUAAAGCUGCGCAGGACUUCCGGAAGAUUCACCUAGAACGACAAGAGCUCAUCCAGCAGUGGGAGGGCACCAUCGAUCAGAUGCAGAGGCGGGAUCAGGAGAUUGACAGCUGCGCCCUGAUAUUAGCGAGGAUAAAGCAGGAAACAAGAGAAAAAGAAGGCGUGGUGAAAGAAAAGAUCAAGUUUCUGGAAAAUGAGGUUGGGAACAACGUAGAAUAUGAGAGAAGAAUUUCUGUCGCCGAGCGUAAAGUUUUAAAAUGCAGGAUGGAGUACCAGCGGCAUGAAACCAGCAGGAGUCAACUGAAGGACGAGCUGGAUACUUUAAAAACUACUCUCAAUAGAACAUCCAGCGACUUAGAAGCUCUGAGGAAAAACAUUUCCAAAGUAAAGAAGGACAUCCAUGGUGAAACAUCAAAGUUACAGAAACUGAAACAUCACAACGAGAUUGUGAAGCAUAAACUGAAGACGAUAACCGAGAAGACCAUUUCUGUGGAAGAGAAGGCCACCAACAUGGAAGACAUGCUGAAGGAAGAGGAGAAGGUGGCCAAGGAAGUGGAGGUUCAGCUGCACAUAGUGAAGGACGUGCUCUUUAAGAAAGUUCAGGAGCUACAGAAUGAGACAAUGAAGGAGAAAUCCCUGGUCUCAGAGAUCGAAGGAACCCGAUCCUCCCUAAAACAUCUGAACCAGCGCUUACGCAAGCUGGACUUUGAAACCCUGAAGCAGCAGGAAAUCAUGUACAGUCAGGACUUUUACAUUCAGCAAGUUGAACGCAGGAUGUCACGACUAAAGGGAGAAAUUAAUUCAGAGGAGAAGCAAACCCUUGAAGCAAGAAUUGUUGAACUUAAGAAGACACUGGAUGAGAAAAAAUCCACGCUUUCCCUUUUGGAAGCACAGAUCAAGAAGCUGCAUAAUGAUCUCUACUUCCUUAAGAAGUCAAACAGCAAGAAUAAUGAUGAGAAGCAAUCUCUCAUGAAUAAAAUAAACGAACUGCACCUUUUCGUUGACAGAUCGGAGAAGGAACUGAACAAGGCUAGAGCUGCCAAACAGGAUUUGAUGAUCGAGGACAAUCUUUUAAAGUUUGAGGUUAAACGCACCCGAGAAAUGCUGCACGGCAAAGCAGAGGAAGUCCUUUCCCUGGAGAAAAGGAAACAACAGUUGUACACAGCAAUGGAAGAAAGAGCUGAGGAAAUCAAGGUGCACAAGGCCAUGCUCGCCUCCCAGAUCAGAUACGUUGACCAGCAACGGCAAACUGUCAGUGCUGAGUUUCAUGAGCGGCUAAGUAAAAUUGAUAAGCUUAAGAACAGAUAUGAAAUCCUUACUGUUGUCAUGCUGCCUCCUGAAGGAGAAGAGGAGAAAACACAGGCCUAUUAUGUAAUAAAGGCUGCUCAAGAAAAGGAAGAACUUCAGAGGGAAGGUGACAGCUUGGAUGCUAAGAUCAACAAAGCGGAAAAAGAAAUCUAUGCUCUGCAAAACACCCUGCAAGUACUCAACAGCUGCAACAACAACUAUAAGCAAUCUUUCAAAAAAGUGACUCCAUCAAGUGAUGAGUAUGUAAUAAAAAUUCAACUAGAGGAACAAAAAAGGACUGCAGAUGAGAAAUACAGACACAAACAGAGGCAAAUGAGAGAACUUCAAGAAGACAUCCAGAGCAUGGAAAAUACUUUUGAAGUCAUAGAACACUUAGCAAAUAAUAUCAAAGAGAAAUUAUCAGAGAAACAAACUCAUUCCCUUCAACUGCGCAAAGAGACUGAGGAGCAGCAGCCGAAAUUAGAGCGCGUGAUUAAGCAGUGUGGAAGACUCAAAAGAGAAAUCCGCAUUUUGAAAGACACGAAUGACGAAACACUAGAAGAACAAGACAUUCAACUCCGUGAGAUUAAACAGUUUCACAAGGACAUUGACCAAAUGUUAGUCAAUGCCAUGGAAAAUGCUGAGAUGCACAUCAUCCUUCAAACAUACUUUGAGCAGAAUGGGUUAGAACUACCCACAGUUAAAGGCCCGAGCUCCAGAUCCUCUUCACAGUCUUCCCUGCGGUCAAUCAGGUCGCUUGAGGACACAAUUUCUCCUGUUUCUCCACCUUCAGUUAAAGUAUUACAGCUCAGCUUCCCAGAAUCUCCAACAGGAAGCAGUAGUUCUAGGUCAGCUAGUAAUGGCAGUAAUUCAAGUACUCCAAAAGGAAAAAAGCCCAGCAAAUGAUUUUUUUUUUAAUCUCUUGUACACAUUUUGAACACAAAUAAAAAUCUCAUUAAUGGUUAAGUCUUC